AUGUAUCCUACGAAAGUAAUAUUAGCGAACGGAGCGUCAAUAAAUAUUAGAUACCAUGAGCCUAGAAAAAUUAUUAAAUUACCAUUAGACUUAAUGCUACUAUCUGAGGAAGAAAGAAAACUUAGGCUAGAAAGAAGGAAACCCAAAAGGAAAGUAAAAAUUGCUGAAUCUGUUGAAGAUAACUAUAAUGCAAGAAAAUAUUUAAAAUAUAUAAAGAAA